AUGAGUCUCCUGUACCUCCCCGAUGAACUCCUCCUAAGCAUAGGAGAACAUGUCAUCUCCGAGCAUGACCUGAACAGCUUCCACCAGGCCAAUCGCCGAUUGUAUCUCGUUUUCGACGAAUACCGAUAUAAAUACAACGCCAAACACCAUGAAGGCCAUGCCCUAUACUGGGCAGCACGUCAUGGAAACGCCACUGCAGCCCGCAAAUCAGAACUGUUAAGCCAUGGCGUGGAUGUCAACACGAGAGGGGAUUCAUCAACUGGGCGAACGGCACUCCUUGUUGCGGCUCGCAGGGGGAAUCUCGAGACUGUGGAAGCUUUACUCCAACAUGGAGCUGAUACUGAAUUACAAGACAUGUUGACCGGCUGGAGACCUCUCCAUUGGGCAGCACGGCUCGGCCAUUUCAGCGUUCUUGGACUUCUGUUAGGCUCGGGCGCGGAAAUCGACGCGCGAAUGAGUUUUAGUCUUGAUACGCCAAUCCUGCUCGCGGCAAAACACUGCGAAUUCGAUGCAAUGAAUAUGCUUCUUGACAGAGGGGCAAAUGUGGACUUUGUUGGGAUCGACAAUCGAACAGUCCUGUUCCAUGUGGUACGGAAGGGCAGCACAGAGUUGAUAAAAAGAGUGCUCUGCAAGGGUGUACGCCCUGAUAUAACAUGCCUCUUCGAGGCCCUGUCAAACUGGGAACGAGACGAUCAUUAUGAACGAGCAAAGCUUUUGUUAGAGCACGGAGCGAGUCCAAAUAUACCCCUUAACACUCCGAAGGGUCCAAAAUUCUUGCUUCCAUGGGUGAUCCGACAAUGGUAUCUUAACGUUGGUGUGACUGAGCUCCUGCUGGAGUAUGGGGUGGAUGUAAACACCACAGGGCCUGGACGCUUUACACCUCUCUUAAGUGUUGUUUUCGACGAGCCUGUCUUUAAAAUGGCCCAGCUAUUGCUUGACCAUGGGGCAGAUCCAAAUGCUGCAAAUGAGAAGGGCGUGACACCGUUGGUGAUUUGUGCAGGGAAGGGGAACGUGGAUGUCUCUAAGCUUUUAUUGAAGCAUGGUGCUGAUCCGAAUGUAGAUGUCAAAGGGCAGACACUGCUUGCACGCGCAGCCAAAUGGGGAAGGGGCGACAUAGUUGAAUUGCUCAAGAAUGUAUGA